UCUAAGAGGGGUGUGUCUUGUUGCCAUGGAGAAACGCUGGUUCCGGAACAAACAGGAAAAGUUGCAGGUUUGCUCCUUCUGAAAUGUACAAAUCCAACGUAACCUUGGAAUAAAGCUGGCGCACUCCAAAGACACGGUCAUGCCAGAGGACAGGAACUGUAAGCUGCUGCCACACAGGAGCCCUGACCUCAGGAGGAAGAAGAGAAAUAAAGCUACAGCUACUAUUCCAAAACUAAAAGGGAAACCUGUGAGUGUAUCUCCAACACCCCAGCUGCCAACUCAAGAUCCAGGUCAGAGUCAACUUCCCAAGCUCAGCGUUACCAGGAAAAAGGGCAGGGACCACUGCUCUCGCGGUUCCGGGAAGAAAAAAGAACGACAAAGGGAUUCAAGGAGCCUCCCUGCAGCAGCCACGACAACCUGCGGCAGCAAGGUUCCUGCAAAUGUAACGGAGCAUAAGGUCCAGGCCAGGGAGAGCCUGAGGUGGGAAGGAGUCCUGCAGGACCCGCAGGAGGAGGCGAAGAGGCUGGAGCGCUACAGAGCCAGCAGGCGACAGCGAUACAUCUCACACAGAGAGGCUCUGUUGAAAGACGCCCAGCAGACCCCGAGACAAGCAGAACUGAAAGCCACAACUGACUGAAUAACAUAAGAUUGUGUCGAUACUGGGGCUAAGCAGCAAACUGAGUGUUCAUUUUAGGAUUCACGUUAACGCUGAUGAGCUGUAUGUGCAGUUCUGUUUCUUUGCCAUGCAUUAAAAGGAACUCCUUCCUCUGAAUGGGCAGAUGAAAAUCUUAACGGAGGAUUUAAACAGUUCAUCUCAAGCUUGUAAAUUAUUUAACGCUUAAAGGAAAGUAUUACACGACGGAAAUCCAUUAGUGAGACCUUAAGAUCCGGCCGAAAUCUGCCAGUAAGGCAGGAUGAAAAAAUCGGUCGGCAGCUUUUCAAAACCAAAGAAAUGGUUCCUCACAGUAAAACCCGUUCAAACGCUGAAACUUGUCAGUUGGACGAGUGACAGUGUAGCGUCUCUGUGGCCCUGAGUUUACCUCUGUUGUGUUGCUUUGCAUCGUUUCCCCUGAACAUAAGCCAGACCAAGAGUGUAGACAUCCAGAAAGCUCUGCCGCUUUCUUGCUGUUGGAACUGUUUUUGGUUUCAGAGGUGCUCCAGUGCUUGUGGUGCCUUUCACAGCGCUGAUGGCAUCUUGGCACCUGCUACUAAAAUACACAAUGUGCUGAUGUAGAAUAAUGUCAGCUAAAAUGAAAAUGGAAAUCAACGCUAAAUGAACUUGUUUGGAAUUAGUCUAUCUAUUAAAUUGGAAAAUAGUCAAGAGACAGUUUCUUACUUUGUAAUAUAGGCUCAUUGUGAUGACAACUAUACACGUUGGGACGACCAUUGAUGCAGGAGUCAUCUGGAAUGUAGAGGACACAGCAGCCGUAUAGAAGAUGGUGCUGUGGUCAGCUCAGAUAUG